UUUAGUGAUCCAUACGUGAGGAUUUCCUUGUUUAGAGGGGACAGAGAUUCUGGACUCAUAGACUCUGCUACCACAGCAACAAUUAAAAAGACAUUAAAUCCUGUGUGGAAUGAAGAGUUCUUAUUUAGGGUAAACCCCAGGGAUAAUAAACUAUUAUUUGAAGUGUUUGAUUCCAACAGAGUGACCCGAGAUGAUUUCCUGGGCCUGGUAGAAAUCCCUUUAAUUCACACAGCAAUACAGAUUGAGGGAGACAAUGUAAUUGAACCUAAAUCCUAUCUGUUAAGGCCUCGCAGUUCUCGAUCCCGAGUUAGAGGGAAUUUAAUGAUUUACCUCGCGUAUGUGACCCCUGAAGAAGGGGGUGAAACACAGCAGGAUGAUUCAGGGGCACAGAACUCUACAGAACCAUCAUGGGAGAUGGUGGAACUAGACAAUGCCUUAGAUCAGCUUCAAACAAUCUCCUGUACAAACGAUGCCUCUGGGGCCUCAGGACCGACCAACGAGGAAGAAAACGAACCCCUACCCCCGGGAUGGGAGGUCCGCACCCACCAACCUACUGGGAAAAAAUACUAUAUCAAUCACAACACCCGCAAAACCCAGUGGGAUCCACCACCUAGGGGACAGAGAACAGGGAGUACCUCACUGCCACCAGACUGGGAGGAGAGACAGGAUUCUAAUGGACGAAUUUAUUACGUCAACAGUGUCACACGAGCCACACAGUUUGAGAGACCUACAAGUGAAAAUCAGGAGAGUCCUACAGAGGAAGCUCAGCACAGAAGGAUGGAGGCGGCCGAGUUAUUCCGUAAUCGUCGCCACGUCAGUGUGGAGGACACGAUCAGUAUGCACAGUGAGAUGGCCCUGCCAACCACCGCCACAGGGGUCAGAGAUCAGGAGGAGCAGGAGGAACGCAGAGAGCGACGAUCGGCAAAUGUACGUGCUGCCUCAAUAGACAUUCCAACAGUAAGUCUGCAGUUGUAUGUAAACCACUCCAGACAGUAUAAAUCAUAUGCAAUGUUUUUUAUCAAUCACAACAACAGAGUUACCACUUGGGAUGAUCCCAGAAAAUCCCAGAAUCAUAGAUCUAGUGUACGAGGUACUUCUGAAACGCCUGCCCUAGUCAGGAGGAGCUCAUCCAAUGAGGAUCUACUACAGAAUCUAGGUCCACUACCUCCUGGUUGGGAAGAGAGGACUCAUAUGGAUGGACGAGUUUUCUAUAUCAAUCACAAUAACAAAACAACACAGUGGGAUGAUCCGAGGUUACGACAGCUUGGCGGUCCUGCUGUGCCAUAUUCUCGAGACUACAAGAGAAAAUAUGACUACUUUAGGUCCAAGUUACGAAAACCUAACUCUCAUUUUCCUCAGAAUAAUAUUCCCAAUAAAGUGGAUAUCAAAGUAUCAAGGGAGCGCAUCCUGGAAGAUUCUUAUAGAGCCAUCAUGUCUCUUAAGAAAACCGAUGUACUCAAAGCAAGGUUAUGGAUAGAAUUUGAUGGGGAGGUGGGGCUGGAUUAUGGGGGUGGGGCUGGAUUAUAAUAUAGAGAGUGGUUUUUCAUGCAAGUAACAUAGAAAAUGUUCAACCCUUACUAUGGCCUCUUUGAAUAUUCUGCCACGGAUAACUACACUCUUCAGAUUAAUCCUUUGUCUGGAUUGGCCAAUGAUGAUCAUUUGUCCUACUUUGAAUUCAUUGGUCGAGUGGCAGGCAUGGCCGUGUUCCAUGGCAAGCUGUUAGAUGGAUUUUUUAUUCGUCCAUUCUAUAAGAUGAUGUUGGAGAAGCAAAUAGCUUUAGCUGACAUGGAGCCUGUGGACUCGGAGUACUACAACUCCCUGGUGUGGAUAAUGGAGAACGAUCCCGUAGAUCUGGAUCUGACAUUCUCUGUAGAAGAGGACUACUUUGGGGAGAUCACCUCUAGAGAUCUUAAGCCAGGAGGAUCAAACAUUAUUGUCACAGAAGAAAACAAAAAUGAAUACAUCAAUCUAGUCAUCCAAUGGCGCUUUAUGUCCAGAAUUGAAGCUCAGAUGAGAGCAUUCAUGAAAGGGUUUGCCUGUUUGGUGCCACUAGAAAUGAUCAAAAUAUUUGACGAAAAUGAGUUGGAGUUAUUAAUGUGUGGCCUGCAGGAUAUUGACGUCAAUGAUUGGAAGGAACACACCGCCUACAAAGGCGAAUAUAAUCCUAAUCACCCAGUCAUCAUCAACUUCUGGAAGGCUGUAUAUUCACUGAAUAAUGAAAUGAGAGCUCGACUACUACAAUUUGUGACGGGGACAUCUCGAGUUCCGAUGAAUGGAUUUAGGGCACUUUAUGGAAGCAAUGGACCACAGCUGUUUACCAUAGAGAAAUGGGGCAAUACCAAUCAGUUCCCAAGAGCCCAUACCUGUUUCAAUCGCUUGGACCUCCCACCUUAUACAGACUACCAUGACUUGAGAAAGAAACUUUUGAUUGCCGUAGAGAAUACACAGGGAUUUGAGGGUGUGGAUUAAAUUCACUCUGCAUUCAACAGUGUCACAGUGACAAUAUUUUAAUCAGCAUGCAAGCUGAAUAGUCAAAGUAACUUUGGAGGGCAUUAACUUGGCUCUGAUGUGUGUAGGUCAGAGACACAGGCCUAGAUCUUAUAGACUCUUUAUUCUGACUGUGAUCAGACUUGUGCAAUUCAUUUUCUUUUUCUACUUUCCUAUGGAAAAGUGCUCCAGUUACAGACCAUUUACCUGUAAGAGGUUUGUAAAAGAGCUACAGAUAUCAAUUUAUGUACGAUAUAUUCAUAUCAGUGGACGGUUAACAGUACUUAACUGAACUACUUUGUGUUACAGACUGUAAUGCUUGAAAUGGAUAUUAUUAUUUAAUAGUAGUGUUAAGGUUAUGCUCACAUUGUGGUGCUUAAUGGCUGAACAUCGUUUGGAAAUUGUACUUUAAAAUUUUUUUAACCAGUUUUCAUAAGAGACAUAUACAUGUAUGUGUUUUUCUUUACUUUUUAAUUUGAUAUUUUGUGCAUUAGGAAAAUGAUUUUCUAAGAAAGGACAAAUACAUGUACUACUGGAUUUGUGAUGUGGUGAUGGUGGCAUUGAAAUAUCCAGUGAUUUAUACAUGUGUAUAUAACACCAUGGACUAAUUUUUUCCCCAAAAAUUUGACAACCACAGAAAUUUGCAGUUAAGCAUGCUUUUUUAUGUUCGAGGGGAUGGAUAUUUUCUUGGCAAAAAUUUUUAGUUUGAUUUUGUUUAUGGUAUUUUUUAAUCAAUAAACUGUUCUUUAGUAAACAAAAAAGUGUAGAGGCAGUAAAUAUGGGAAUUCAAAACAAGUACCAGAAAGAUAAUAUAAUAUAGGUCUGACAAUGUUUAGUGCAAAUCUUUCAUUAUUCAUUAUUUGUAAAGUAUUCAUUGCAACAUAUUUUCCAUUUCUUUUCGCUUCUGUAAAUCCCUUCUAAUCUAUUGUAUUGUUUUUAGGCUAUAAAACUUACAUUGAUCACUAGGUGAUGUGUACAAGAAUGCGUACAAUCACAGAUUUUAGUGCUGAAAAAAGUUAUGUUCAAUUUUCAUUGGAUAAUGCCUACAUUACAUGUCUGCAUUGAAAAUGUUAGUGCUAGCUAUAAGAUAGCUUAGUAUACAAAGAUACAUGUACUGCUUUUGUGCUCUAUAGAUUAGGUGUAUGGGAAUGGUCAUUUGGAACUCUCUAUUAUUGUAUCAAAAUGUGUCGUCCAAACAUGAAAAACAUUGUCUUAGUUAUGCACUCUAAUUUUUAUACAUCCUGCUGUUUUUAGUUGUAAAAGUUUUAAUGUAAUCAUUUACAAUCCUCAUAGAAAAUUUCUGUUUAUGCUAUGUUUUCACUUCACAAGCUAAUGAUAUUAUAACAUUGCUGGACAAUUCUUCAAAAUAAUAAAUGCAUUUGCUCAAAAUAUAUGUAAUUUUUUUUUUAUUUGUAGUACUGUCUAUGUAAUUAUUAUUAAGUUUUAGUUGCCGGUAAAAUAUGAUACAGUGUAUAAACAAGUAAAGUUUAAUUUUACAUAUAGUAAUACAUGUACAUGUAUUUCAUUUUUAAACAUACAGGCGUUGUGAUUUCCCUUCAAGUUUCUUUCAAUAAACUUAAUAUACAUGGUUAAAAAAAUGAUUUACUUGAUACUGUAUGAAAGCGAUUUGUUAUUUAUGUGUAAUAUUUGUAUUAAGUGUACAUGUAAGUCAACUUUUACUUAGGUCCAUAACUUUUGUUAUUUUGGUAGAUUUUGUAAGGCUUUUUACAUCUCUUAGGUCCGUAACUUUUUUUUAUUACUUUCGUAGAUUUGUAAUGCUGUUUAAAUUAAAAGUUGUUAACAUUAUUACACUGUACAUGUAUUUAAAUACAUCUCACAAUGCAAUUGUCAUCAUCAAAUUCUCCAGUGAAGUUGGGAGAUUUAAUGGAAUCCAUCUCUCAGUCAACUUUACAUAUUUAAUUAGAAAUAUAAAUCUUUUUAGUGUUUUCAUCUACAGUAUAUAAAUGUGCAGUGGUAUAUCAACACUAAUGUAAUUGUCACCUUUUGUUAAGGCCUCUGUUAAUAUAUUAUGUACUUAGGUAUGUGGUUCCUCUGGAUCACUGUUAGUUUCUCCACUUGUUAACCUGGUCAUUCCCUCGGGUCUUUUAAGAUUUAAUCCUGUUGAUUAUUUACAAUCAUUGAACUUGUGUUCUGUUCUUGCCCAUGAACAAAAUGUUUUAUAUACAUAUAUGUAUAUAUUGAAAUAAAUUAUUAAUAAACA